CCAGCUCCAACUUCACACACUGGCCCUGGUCUUACAAUGCGGAAGUCACCAGGAAAAUGGAUCAAAACUGUAUUGUUUGGGAAGAAGUCAUCGAAAUCAAAUAUUUCAAAAGGAAGAGAGAAGCUUGUUAAUCAAAAGGAAGGAGUGGUGACUUCCAAGGUAUCAGAAACUGAUUUGGCUUUAGAUCCAACCCCCAAUACCGUUGCCAAAAAUGAGGAAGAGCUGGUGCUGGAGAAUAAUGAGUCAGAAACUGUUUUAAAUGAAAAUCAAGAAAUAAACACAGUGGGAUCUGUUCUCCAAGAUUCACCACCUGAUCCAGAGAAGAUAAAGCUGGAGGAAGCAGCAACAAAGGCACAGGCUGCUUUCAGGGGUUACUUGGCACGAAGGGCAUUUAGGGCCCUAAAAGGCAUAAUAAGGUUGCAAGCACUUAUUCGUGGGCACCUUGUUAGGAGACAAGCUGUGGCUACAUUAUGCUGUAUGUAUGGCAUUGUCAAGUUACAAGCACUUGUUCGUGGCAGAAGAGUCAGACAGUCUCUUGUUGGGUUUGAAAUUCAAGAGAAGUGCAAUCUAUUGAAGUCUCCGGAUGGCAAACCUGUCAAGCCAAUUGCUGUACCUGCAAAAAUUACAAAUCUGUCAGCCAAUGCUUUCAUCCGAAAGCGUCUUGCUUCAUCAACUACUAUAAUGGCCCUGCAUUUGCAAUAUGUUCCUGGAGAUCCAAAUUCAGUUCUAAGCUGGUUGGAGCGCUGGUCAGCAACUAACUUUUGGAAACCAGUCCCCCAACCAAAGAAAAUUCGAGACACUAAGCAUCAGAGAAAGCAGGGUACUAUUUCAGUGGGAGAAGCUCCAUUGAGCAAGUCAAGACGUACCACCCGGAAGGUUCCUGCUGCAAGUUUUGACCCUGCCCCAGUGCAAGCAAAUCCUGAACUUGAGAAGCCAAAACGAAGCUUGAGGAAAAUUUCAAGCCAGCCCUCAGAUACUCUGCAGGAAAACCCACAAAGUGAGCUUGAAAAGGUAAAGCGUAACUUGAGAAAGGUUCACAACCCAGUUGUUGAGAAUGCUGUUGUCCCAGAAGUAGAACCCGAGGCCCCAAAGCAACAUUUGGAAAAGGGGGCAUUUACCCCAGUGCAUGGUGUUUCGGAACAAGGGGUAACUAGUUCUGAUGAGAAUAAUAACAAAGAACCAACUUUAACCAUUUCUAAUGUGCCCGAUACAGAACCUGCUACAAAUUAUAUUAGUAAGGAGGUGUCUGAUAUGCCAAGCCAUUAUCAAGUGGUUGUGCAACCAAAGCCUUUGACCGAGAUUAUAAGUAAAGAUGAAAACAUUGCUGAAGAUGAAGUGAAAACAGAGCCAAAAGAUUUACCAGAGACUAGUUGCAAGGUUGAAAAUUCUCACAUAACAAAUGGAGAUUUGAGUCACAAGGAAGAUCCUGUGGGAACUGAAAACCAGAAGCCGAACAGAAAGGCCUCAAAUGUAGUGAAGCAAGAGCGUGCUGAGAAUGGUUUACAGAACAGUCCAACUUUACCAAGUUACAUGGCAGCAACUGAAUCUGCCAAGGCAAAGUUGAGGGCUCAAGUCCCACGAUUAGGACACGAUGGAAGUGAGAGAAACAAUGUUGCUCGGAGACAUUCUCUGCCAUCUUCAACUAACACCAAAAUUAGCUCACAGUCACCUAGGACACAGAGACCAGUCCAAUCAGGUGGCAAAGGAAGCAACAAACCUGUACCUUCUAGAGACGGCAAUGGAAAGGUAAUUCAAGCAGAAUGGAGGAGGUGAUUUGUGGAACGACUGGUUUUCAGAGUUGAACAUAGAAGAACUUGAAACUUAUUUGUGAGAUUUAUGUAUCAUGAAAUUUGACAUUGUUAAAUUUAUAUAGGGACUUUAUAGUAGGUGUGUUUGAUGAGGUUUAUUUCUUCAUUUGCUGCAUUUUGGGCGUUUGAGGGUGAUUUGUACAUUAUAGGUCUCUUUAGAUUUUGCAUGAUGCAACUACAAAUACCCAAAUCUAAAACUUGCUUGUUAUCGGCAUGAUUUAUAAGCUGUCCAUAAUGUGUCUGUUGA